UAUCGUAAAUAUCUUCUUAUUUUUCUCCAUUCACCAGUAUCGUCACAACACCGCUACAGCAAUCUUCGCUUCUCCACAGAACCCAGAGAUGCACUGGUGGUCAACGGUUCUGGUCUUACACUCAAUUGUUCUUCCCAACUAUCCAGUGGUAUCGUCAUCGAGUGGUACAAGGAUGGCAAUAAAAUCUCUUAUUCAGACUCGAUCUACUACAGCCUCCUACCAUCAGGGGCAUUGCAGAUCAUGCCUCGUACUCCAGUCUCCUUGCUCACCGGAGACUUCUACUGUACCACCUCCUUGAAAAAUUCUCUAGAAGACACCAUCAGAAGUCGCAGCGCCCGUGUCACACUUGCAACUCUUGGAGAAGUGCGUUCCCCGUUUGGUGUGACAGUAUACCCAGGAGAUACAGCUAGAUUUGAAUGCGAGGUUAAUGGAACGGUACCAAAGGUCACAACGUGGCUUAAAGAUGGCCAGUUGAUCGAUCUGACUGAAGAACGGUAUGCGUCUCGCUAUACUCUGCUUCCCAGUGGAGCACUUGAGAUUCGGGACGUGAGGGAGGGCGAUGCAGGUCGCUAUCGGUGCAAAGUAGAGAGCCCUCUAUUGCCAAAUGAGAGAAGACGUAGUAACUCUGCAGGGCUGGUAGUGAUGACAGAACCAGCACCAGCCCAGCGUCCAGAGGACUUGGCCUUCCUAGUAGCUCCUGGACCAAGCCCGAUAGAAGCCUUGAUAGGUAGUACUAUCACUCUUGAAGCUGCUACUACAGAACCAGCUACCCUAGAGUGGUAUAAGGGAGAAAAAAAGAUUAAUAUGCAAGGUGACCAUUACAGAAGACUAGGACAAGGGAGUCUGCAGAUAACCAACCUAGGAGAGAUAGAUACUGGCAUCUAUCGGGUGGUUGCCACAUCUAAACUUGAUCAAAGCACAGUGGAAAGAGGCGUAAGGGUUGUCGUACAAGUUCCACCCAUAUUCCUAGACGAGCCCACCAACAGAUACGCUAGAUUGGGGACCACUGAGGUCCUGCAGUGUACCGUGUACGGAAUCCCGACGCCAACCAUCAAAUGGAAGAAGAAUGGGAUCGAUGUGGAUGUGAGUGAAGACUUCUAUAGAAUUGAUGAUCGUGGGGGGCUAGAGAUCAGUGGGUUGCAAGAGGAGGACUCCGGUAUCUACCAGUGCCUUGCCAGUAACCUUCGCGGCAACAUUCAAUCUACAGCCGAGUUGAUAGUGCUUCCCGAUGGAGUUCUCCCCCCUGAGCAGCCCCCGACCUCCCGUCCCACACCUCCACCCGUCGAUGUACCAGACCCCUUACCAACUGAGUUACCUGUUAUUCCCGAUGAAGAAACUCCGACUGGACCAGUGGCUACUGCACCUCUUGACCUGAGUGCCAUCAAUGUCCAGCCUCAGAGCAUCACGUUGUCAUGGAGACCACCAACGUUUAUCCCAGGCUCUCUUCUUCGAUAUCAGCUCUAUGUUCAGAAGGAUGAAGAUGGCGCUAGGAAGAGGCUAGUUGAUGUUACCAAGGAUACCUUGUCUAAAAUGGUGACCGAUCUCUUACCAAACCAAGCUUAUCGUAUCUGGGUAGCAGCAGAGAAUAAUAAUGGACUUGGUGCAUCUUCUGAUGUCAUUAUUGUCACUACACCUGAUGAUACUAGAGUGACACCUGAUGAGGUAACCGACUUGCGAGCCAUUCCAGUCUCCCCCACCUCUAUGGAGUUGUCAUGGCGACCACCCUUUGAUACACACGGUGACCUGAUGAAUUACAUCAUUAGGGUAACUGAUGAGAUGAUGGGGAGCACGAUGGAGAGAGAGGUUGCGCCCUCAGAUAAUAGUCUGAUCCUUGAUAACCUUGAUGUCUACACACUCUAUGAGAUGACCGUUAUCCCAUACAAUGCUAAUGGAGCCGGUGGAACCAGUACUAUCAAUGUCAGAACACCUGGAGCAAAUCCUACGGGGAUGCCCAGUAACGUGAGUGUUAACCCUGCACCAACGGUGCCCAACGCCUUGGAUAUCUCCUGGGUACCACCCCUGAUCCAUGAGCGCAAUGGAGAGAUCAUUCAGUACAAGUUACGUUACCGUGAGAGAGGAGGAGAGGCAAUACCAGUCAAUGUCUUAGGAUCAGCUACUUCCUACAGAAUAGAUGAUCUUGAAAGAGAAACAGAAUAUGAAGUAAGAAUCGCCAUGGUAAAUGCUAAUGGUACUGGACCAUUUACCGAUUGGAUUGUUGGUAGAACAGAAGUUCUUGCACCAAAUGAAAAUAUACCCCCGCCCCCUCCCUCUGAAAUUGAGGUGAGAGCGUUUGCCCAUCAGAUUACCAUGCACUGGAAGCAUCCUGAUUCCGCUGUCGUCCUGGUUGAGGGUUACAUUCUAGGGUACGGGGAGAACAUACCCGACAUAACGGUUCUUGAGUUAGACAGUUCAACGCGCUAUGUUGAGUUGGACAACCUUGAAGCAAACACGAAUUAUGUGAUCAAGCUUAGAGCUUUUAACAAGGCCGGGGAAGGCGUGCCAGUCUUCAAAGAUAUCAGGACCAGCACCGAUGGCAGCAGUAUUCCCCAUAUCGGAAUUGGCCUACCCCCAAGCACAGGAUUUCAGAAGACAAUGACACCGCCCUCUGGGUUGAUUGCUGAAACAGAGUCAUCUCGAGCAAUCUUGCUAAGCUGGCAUGAUCCUAACCCUCGUAACACAGACGAGGGAGUCGUCAGAUAUUAUUCCUUGGUAUAUAGCACCGACAAUGGUCAAACUUACUAUGUAAAUUCCACGGAGCCCCAAUUACGAGUAUCCGGUUUAGAAGCAGCUACAAUGUAUGAUUUUCAAGUCAUGGUUACUGAGGGUGAAAGAGCAAGUCAAUUUUCUAUCAUCGCCUCUGCUGAAACAUUGAAUGCAGAUAUUAUCAACCGCCACCCCCACCAAGUUCCAGAUUCAGCUCCUCGGUUGCUAACAGUGAGUGACUUUAACAACUCCUCUACCUCCUUGGUUGUUACAUGGCUGCCUCCUCUUCAUCCUAAUGGAGACAUUACUCGCUAUAUUCUGGUCUAUAGACCUUCAGGCACAACAAAUCCUUCAGAGAUUGUAAGGAAAGAGGUUGGAGGCGAGACACUCAUCACGUUCGUCCAUGAUCUUAAUCCAAAUUCAGAGUAUGAUUUCUCAAUUCAGGCGGUAAACUCUGCUGGUAUAGGACCUAUAUCUGAUGUUGUAACACAUAGAACUAAAGCCGCAGGUGCAGCUGCCUACCCAGUUGACGAUGUUGAGUUCCCCUGGUGGUUGUGGUUGGCUAUUGCUCUGGCUUGCCUCUUCCUCAUUGCCCUGGCCAUAGCCCUGCUCUUCUGUAUUGCCUGUGGUUGUUGUCGAUGCUGUCUGAAAUGCUGCCCAGGUUGCGGCUCCGUCUGUGAUGACAUCUAUGCUUGCUUGGAGCCUUGCGGAGCCUGUCUGGCCGGGUGCGCAUCCGCAUGUUGUCCAUGCUGUUGUGAAGAUGAAGAUGACUGCGCCAAGUGUUGGACAAAGUGCUGCUGUGGUGUGCCUUGCUUUGUAUGCUGUGGAAAAGCUUAUAAGGAGAGGAGAGCAAAAGCGGAACUGACUGGUUACAAAGUUGUAGCCAACGGUAAAGGUAUUAACGCAACCAAUACCACACAGGUGGAGGGGAACCCCCCUGAUCUAUGGGCAGAUGAACUCAUGAUGAAGCAGAUAGGAAAGAAUAUGGUAGCCACACCUUCAGAAAUGGAAUCACUUAAUAAAUCAGAAAUUGAAAGUGAAACACACUUUGCAAAUCAUGCACAGCAUCAACAAGAACAUACUUCUGUCUACACCACUCGUCAUGUGUCUUUUGCUGAUCUAGCUCCCAUUAAUGAAAUCAGAGUAUCAGAGAGUUAUGUACCUGCCCAACGGAGUCAAGUUGAAGAAUCGGUUCAGAGAAGUGAACGAGCAGCUAACUAUGCAAAUGUCAAGAAGGGCGAGAAACCAAAUGUCAACAUCAACACGACCAAUGUUCGAAUUGAGGAGGUCAAGAAUGAAUACCCUGGAAAUGAUGGUUACUCUACCCUGGGCAGUAUGCAUUCUGAGAUUCCAGAGACGAGACCUCGUGAGAACUCAGACUCUCAACAAUCUGCUGUUGGUUAUCAAGAUGGUCAGAUCGUGACCUUCCCUGAUGGUCACAUUGUGGCCAAUAGUGGACUGAGACCUAAUCCAUUGACCAUCACCUUUGAGGAGACGACUACUACGCACUCGGUGGAGAAGAUGGUGCCACAGUCAGAUGGUAGCAAUGUCAAGACUGUGUCAAGUCACCAGACCUUUGCCAAGUCCUACUCUACCUCAGAUGCAUCAAGAGAUCGCAACCUACAGACCAUACUACAGGAUGGCUUAGACAAAGGACCACUAGCCAUUGACAUACCUCAGAACUCUGAACAGCCUCUCAAAGCCAUCACUGCUCCAACUGUCAGCAGCCUGAAUGAACAGUCAAGCUACCGUAACAAGUACAGUAGUUCCCAUGACAGCAGCAACGCCUCUACAGGGUUCAGUCCUGAACUUGGCAGGGAUUACAACUACAGGACUAGUGAAAGUUCCCAGAAAGAAUACAACUACAACACUCUGGACAGUGGCAUUGACACUGGAAGGGGUCAUGAGUACCGGACUGGAGGUUUCAGGAUGGACCCAAGAGGAAUGGUUGAAAACAGCAGCUAUGAAGAGACCCAACAUUACAUAGUCCCCGAGCACUCUCCUGCAAGUCCACCUCUAGGUCACAGUGCCAUAUCACCGACCUUCCAUGAUAACCCAAGGAUUGCCAGCCCCGUUAACCUGGGUCCUAGCCCUCCUCCUCUAUCGCCCACCAUGUCCAGGGGCCUGACUCGGGAUACUCAUCUAUCAUCCAGUGCUAUGACACUACCAACCUCGACCAGCCGUGGCCUUGGCAUGGACAACGGCAACUACAAGAGCAGCUCAAGCUAUCAGUUCAGAAGCACUUCCAAUAUUAGUGAUAUGAAUCAUGGUGGAGAUGCUCGCGGUUCAUCGACGAUGGGUGGGAUGGGAAGUUAUCGUAACAAGUGGCACAUGGGUGAGGGUCGGAGUACUGGCACCAGUGCCUUUAGCCCCAAUCUAUCUGAGAGUAUGGAUGUCGACAGAGAGACGAGCUUUGCUAACAGUGUGUAUUCAGGUAGCAAGGGAACCAGUGACUAUGCCACUGACUCUAGAGUGCAUGCAUCCCUGUCCUCCAAUCACCAAGAUGACCCCUCUUCUGCUCCCAUUUCAAAUGGCACCAGCCAAUCCUACAAGUCCAGUUCCUACCGCUAUGGCUCCAGUGGCACCUCCAGUAAAGGGGGCUUGUCCACUGGGCUUGGCGGGGCUUCUUCUGGAGGAGGUAGCAUGUCGUAUGGUGGUGAUGUUGAUGGGUCUGGUGUAUCCAAUGGGCUAUCGACUGGUAGAGGGUAUUCCUCGAGCCAUUCCAUGUCUGGGAGUCACUACUCUUCCAAUAACAAUAACUCCACGGGUGAUGUCUUCUCUGACACCGAUGCAGAGGUCGCUAGUACUAUGAGUCGUGCCAGAAGCCAAGAAGUUUUACACCAUCGUCCUCACAUGCCCCAAUCCUCUUACCUUCAACCUCCUUCCCAUCACCUGCCACCACGAGAGGGCAUCCUCCGUCGUGCACACUCUGCAAAUCUCUACCGCGAAACCAAUGACCCAGCACUGGAUCGAGUGUAUUUAGGAGAGCUAGAUGACACAGUGUCUGAAAUAGGAAUGUCAGAGUAUGCGAGACGACAAGCCAGGGUCAUGGCUCGCGUCAAUCACACUUACAAACAACGUCUAGUUUCAAAGGCUAUGUCACUUGAUCACGUAGCCAUUCAACAAACCGCUAAUAGAAGAGAUAAUUUGGUUAACACGCAGACCUAUGACUUCAUGUCUAAUGCUUCAACACGCUCUGCUAUGUCUGACAGACCUCCAUAUGUUUAUAGCUCAGGUUACCAUAGCGAUACCAAUGCAAGCUCUCAAGAUGAGUCCGGUAGUCAAAACAGUGGUACUGCACCCCGCACCAACCCCCUCUCUAGCUUCACUGUACCCGCUCCUCCUCCUCACUAUCAACAUCCACAGGCCAAAGUGAGGAUAACUGCCCCAACAUACAGUCCAUUGAAGAGGGGUCAGCCCGGUCCUGGAAGAGGUCGUGCUCAACCCAUGGCCGUUAUUACUCCUAAAGCACCUGAUGUUACUUAUAGAGGAGUAGGUGAUGGAAACAGCCCAGGGUCAACUGUGCGCACAUUCAGUGCUGAAGAUCUCAACGCUGAGAUGAUGCACCUUGAAGGCUUGAUGAAAGAUUUGAAUGAAAUCACACAAUCCGAACUACAAAACUGAUUCCAUCUACCAUCUAUAUUAUUCUAAGUGCCGGUUAAUAUGCUGUUGUGAUGAGAGAGGAAUCAACCGUUUUCAGAGGAAAAAAAAGUGGACAUAAAAAGAGCUAUUUUGUACAUAAUAUGAAACAGUAGAAGAUGCAAGCAUAUGUAAAUUUAAAUGCAGUUUUGUCCAAUAGGAGAAUAUCUACAUGUGGAAUAGGUAAUGAAUGAAAUUGCAAUUGCUUUGUAGAGUAUAUUUCAAAGUGAUUUUGUUGUUUUAUGUUGUGCUUAUAUUUUGAAUGAGUUUGUAAUGGUGGGCCAAAAAAUGUAGGGUUUAACAUUCUACUUUUUUCUCUUCAAGAAAAGAGAAGAAAAAUAACUUCCAGAAGGAAAUUUUCUUCUAUGUUCCAUAUUGAGGAGUGGUACAUGAUGUGUUUUGAGAUUGGGAGGUUUAUUAUUUUGUGAUUUUACAAUGAAACUCAGAUUUAAAGCAAUUCAAUGUCCAUUUUAAAAAAACAACAACUCAUGUACCAAACAUGUGUCUCUAUAUGUUUACAGAUCAAGUACCAGUUUUUAACAAACUGUAAAAUGUUAAGUAUUACACACUGCUAUUUAUCAUUGUUCAUAUGUGAUCCUGUCAGUUUACUACUGUGUCAAUGUCAACUCAAGAUUACAUAUCUUAAAAUCUCCAGUUAUACAAAAUAUGCAAAUAAAAAAUAGUAUGAACAAUAACAUAUAUGUAGUUGGUGAUUAUUGUUGUCUCAGUUUUGUGUUGUAAAAAUUGCUCUAUCUAUAUGUAAAGUAAGAUAACAUGAACAUGUGCCUAUAUAAGAAAAAUUUAAAGGGAGUUCAUCUUUGUGAAACCGCUGACAAGACUCCAUUGAAAGCAGUCUAAUUCUUGAUCAUGUAUGACAAAGAUCGAUUGUAUAAUUAAUUUACAAUUGACUGUACAUUGUGGUCAAUGCAAAUAAUCUUGAAAAUUUUCAUUAUGAUCAGUUGCUGAGAUUUGUGUUAUGGGGAUCUGAAUGG